UUCACUGGUACCUUCUAAUCAAUUUCAUCUGAAUUUUAAAUUCCCAAAUUUGGCAUAAAUUCCUAUAAAUAGCUUAAGAAAAUAUUAAAUCUUUGCAGUUUACAAUUAGACUUUUAUUGAAGAUCAUCAUGAAGGGAUUUAUUAUCACCGUUUUAUUUUGUGUUUUGGCUGCAAAUGGUUUAGCUUUUCCAGUACAUCAUGUUGAAGACAUUCCGGUGGAGUUAAGGACUGAUGAGGAAAUCUUGGAAUCACUUAAAAAUACCGAAAUAAUUGUGGGCGGUGAAAAAAUUAAUUUUGAUGGAAAUUUAAAUAAUGAUCAAUAUGCGAAAAUUGGGUUAUUGGGGGCACUUCUACAAAGAUUUCCAACACCAGCACCUGCUUCAUCAACUGGAGGUGUGAAUUAUGUCUUUUAUAGUCCUCUUGCUGGUCUGUUUCAAAAAUUGAGACCAACGACGACAACAACAACUACCACAUCGACAACUACUCCAACUACAACAGAAACCACAACACCAACAACAACACCAACAACAACACCAACUACAACACCAACUACAACACCAACUACAACUACAACACCAACUACAACACCAACCACAACACCAACUACAACACCAACUACAACACCAACUACAACUACAACACCAACUACAACACCAACCACAACACCAACCACAGCACCAACUACAACACCAACUACAACUCCAACAACUACACCAACUACAACACCAAUUAUGUAA